GUACGCAGGCCAGUCGACGGGCACUGCCCAAGCGACGCGGGUCGGUCGACGAUCCCGACGGGCGAUCAGUGAUUCUUUUCUCCUCGGGCCUCGUCGGCUCGUGAGCGGUCUGGCGCCUCGUACUUGGUGUUGCUCCGGGUGCCACCAGCUCACCCUCUCAGCCCUCUCUCCAUCCUCCGGCCUAGAGAAAGAGGAGGCAGGCGAUGGCGCUGCUGCCGGCCCACCGCCGCUGCCGUCGCAGCAACCGGCGCCGGUGCUUCUGACGACGCCCCGUCCGUGAGCGUGCGGCGGCGACUACGGUCGUCGCGGCGGGCAUCGUGUGCUUUUGACGUGUUUCCCCGGAGCGUAGUAGUAAGAGCGGUGGUGCGCGACUCCCUUCCCCGAUGCGGGUGGAGCCCGAGCUACAGUCCGGGCAGUGCAUGGCCUUCACGCCGUUCCUGUUGCCCGGCGCCACGGCCAGUUCGAGCCCGCCGGCGCGGAGCUCGUCGGACUUCUCGAUGCACUCGAUACUGAGCCAGCAGCCGUCGUACCUGCACCUCGGUCUGCCGCCUGUGUUUGCUCCCGCGCCGCCUCAGCUGUUCCCGGGUGCCGGCCCCAAGCUCGUUGGGCCACCCGUGCCGCCGUUGGGCGCGCAGGCCCAGCUCACCCCCGAGGAACUGCUGGCGGCGCGCCACUUGCGGGCGCCGCCGGGCUUCGAGCCCGAAGACGACGGCGUGCAGGACGACCCCAAGGUGAACCUCGAGGGAAAGGACCUGUGGCAGCGGUUCUGCGAGCUCGGCACCGAGAUGAUCAUCACCAAAUCGGGCCGGCGGAUGUUCCCGCCCUAUAAGGUCCGGGUGACGGGUCUGGACAAGAAGGCCAAGUACAUCAUGCUCAUGGACAUAGUGGCCGCGGACGACUGCCGGUACAAGUUCCAAAACCGGAGGUGGGUCGUCGCUGGCAAAGCCGACCCCGAGAUGCCCAAGCGGAUGUACAUUCACCCGGAUUCGCCGUCUACGGGUGAACAGUGGAUGCAGAAGGUCGUCUCCUUCCACAAACUCAAGCUCACCAACAACAUCUCCGACAAGCAUGGCUUUCAGACCAUCCUGAACUCGAUGCACAAGUACCAGCCGCGCUUCCACCUGGUCCGGGCCAACGACAUCCUCAAGCUGCCGUACAGCACCUUCAGGACGUACGUGUUUCCGGAGACUGAGUUCAUCGCUGUAACUGCUUACCAAAACGAGAAGAUUACGCAACUGAAAAUCGACAACAACCCGUUUGCGAAGGGCUUUCGAGAAACUGGUGCCGCGAGGAAAGACAAGAAGAAGUACGCGCUGCCUCCGGCCUCCAAGUCACUUCCGGGUGGUGCCCUGGCGCCGAGUGACGUCAGCUGUCCGACCAAGAUCGAAGCGGACGACUCGUACUAUAGCGACGACGACCGGCGGACGGAGCAAUCGCUAUCGGCCGACGAGGCGUCGUCGGUGGGACCGCCUGGCGGCGACCUGUCGCCGAGACUGCUCGGCCGCUCGGCCGGCUCGCCUGAUCACACCGGCGGCUUCGGGGACUUCUUUCCGUUGGCAGCCGCCGCGGCGGCAGCAGCCACCGGCGGUGGAGGGCCGCACUCGUCGUUCCCGCUGCAGUACCUGUACAGCCAGAGCAUGUACCAUCAGAGUCUCAUGCUGCAGGAGAUGCUCAUGACGUCGGCGGCCGCGGCCGCAGCGGCAGCCUCCAACAACGCUGCCCCGACUCCGGUGGGUGGACGGCCCGGCACAGCGCCGUUCGGUUUCAACCCUUUCUCGGUGCGCAAUCUCCUCAUGGCUAACGAGCAGAGCUACCUGAAAACGUCGAACCCUUUCAAGGCAGCCGCCGAAGAACACCUCAAGAGUCAGCUACGAUUCUUACCCUACCCGCUGCCGGCGUGGCGGAUGCACACUGCGUCGGGGGACACGUCGCCAAUUUCUCCGCAAUCUCAACCUCUUUCUCAACUUUCUGCCAUGACGCAGCCGCCUUCGAGACCAGGGUCCUCCUCCCCGCCCACCUCAAAGAGCUCCGGCGUGAUCCCACCUUUUGGAGGUCUUCGGCAGGAGAAGAUGUGUUUCCUCAGAGACGGCUCCACUGGAGGGGACGACCCCUCGGAGAGGUCUUCCGCGCCUAGCAGUCCGCUGACGGCGACCUGCGCGACUGUGACUCCACCGACGACGUUGGCGUCCGUGAUGAUGAUGCGGGAUCACUGCUCGUCGGCGACUGCGAACACCGCUUUCGAGGACGGUAGAGUGCGCCGUGACUCCGAGGAACUGGUCGACGGCAAUGACUGAAUGCGACCUUGGUGGGGACCAGGGACUCCCACCUGUGGUGUUGUCGUGACGUGAACCAUGACCCCGCUUACCGCAGUGGUGCCUCGUGCGGACGUAGUACGCUGUUUAUACGACGCUCGUUACUCCUCUGUGUGUUAUAGGCACACGUGUCACGCGAACUUUCCGAGAAGUAUGUCGUACUCUCGCGAUUUGAGAGAGUGAGUGCGUGUCUGUGUGUGCAUAGCUUAAUACACUGUGGUUAGAGAGAAGCGGGUUUUACGCAUUCUGGCUCUCGAAUGAUUGGUGUUUUUUAAAUUAAAUUUUAAGUUCCGGGAGUUUUAUCCUCUCUACGCCACCACGAGUGUCGAAAUGGCAUACGCACACGUUCACGCCAUGCCGGAGUAGUGACGUUGCGAGUGUUGUGCUAGUAAUAAGAUGGCGCGUCGUAAAAGUAAAAAAAAAGCGCGUUAUCAGCUCAGAACAUUUCGUAAUGUUUGAGCAGAAUAGCAGCAAUCGUUACUAUGUAGGGUAGCCUCGUCCCCACCAGUUUCAUUUUUUUAUUUUCGUUUUUUUUUCACUUCAUAGUCGCGUUUGCUGUGAAUGCCCUGGGUGACAUAAGUGCAGCGAUUAUUGCACGGGUGAUACGCUGCAAACGGCUUUCCUUCUCUGUAGCUAAGUCUAUGCGGCUUUGGAGUCUUUGGUCGAGUGUGAUAACAACGCAAUACAACGAAUUGAGUGCGUAAUAUUAGUUACACACCGCGAAAUGCUCCUGCAUAUCCCCACUGCCUUUGGUCUCCCAUGAAAGAUCGCUUUUGUGUCCCCCUCCUUUCAUAUGGACUCGCAUUCCUGCCUCCCAGUGAAGUGUUAUGUCGCUGAUGUGGCUACUCAAUGACAGGAGCCGUCGAAGAAUAGGUGGCACAAAGCAUAAGCGCAACCAUAUGUAACGAAAUUUCGCUGUCAUACCGUUGGAAGUAGGACCCCAGUGGAACUAACGUUACUGUUACUGUUAACAUUACUGUUAACAUUACUGGUGUGGAUUUUAUUUUAUCUUUAGUUUAUUUUGCAUGUAUGGGUUAUACACUCGAGGUAUAUUUAUCGCUUAUCAGAAAAGAAAAAAAACCCUGUAUCAGAAACGACCCGAGUGAAGGAAUCCAUACAACAGAUCAAAAUGAUCGCUUCCAACCGGUUAACGAGUUCACCAAGGCUCGAAAUUCGCGAGAAUCUAAAAGAUUAUCUUUAUUUAAACAGCCCACGUUAUUUUUUUGAGUACGCUCUAGGUGUCGAAAUGAAGAAGUCUGAUAGCAACUGGGCAACACCGAAAGGGCCUUCUCUAUUUUUUUUUUUUCACAAUGGUGAUGUGCGACGAAAGUGUACUCCGACAAAGACCGCGCCGAAAGCUGUUGAGGGCAUUGUUGCGAAAUUUUCAUCUACUCUCUUGGACCGCACUUCAUUUUAUUUCAUUCAUCGUACCUUCAAUGCAGGAGCAUUUCAGAGAAUUUGGGUAUCGAACUAUCGUACAAUAGAGCUAAGCAUUAGAAAAAAAUGGAGGCGUAAAAGACCCGUUUACUUAGAUUAGGACAUUCGUUAAAGAACCCCAGGUGGACUAAAUUUUCCGGAACCCCCAACUAUGGCGUCCCUCAUAGUAUGGGUUUGGGGCGUUAAACCCUGUAAUUAAUAUUAGGUCCUAAAGCAUAUGUUCAAUAGAGUUAAUAGCUGAGUGAGAGAGAGAGAGAGUGAAUGGACAUUAAGUGCAGAAUCUGCCACCCUCGCAGCACCCCAUGCUACAUACUGUACAUAGAAUGUGACGUGAAGUUUUAUCACCCGGGGCAUCGGCAGCAGUCUUUGUUUGUCCGUGGGAUUUAUGCAAUACUCCGCACAUCCGCAUCGUGUCGUUCUUCGCGCGAGGCUGGUAUAGUCCUGCGUAUGCAUACCUUGUCUAGUCAACUCUUAUAUCGACGCACGAGUGAAAGAAGUAAUAAAGACACACAGUAAUAAAAAAAAAGUGACGCAAUGCUAAACGGGAAGUCGAGGCUCAGAAUCGCGCGAUUUUUCUCGCGCGCGUUUGAUGUCCGGAACUUCGCACUCGAAAAGUUACGCGGGCAUAUCUUUCUCAGUCUGCGUGUGUGCUGCUGUUGCGUCACCUACCCUACUGUCGCAUGUCACGUGCUACGUCGCGUGUGCCACGUCAUGUGCUAGCUAGGUGACGUGGUACAUCUGUGGUUGACAUGCUGUUCACGCCUUUGAUCGUUUUUUUUAUGGAGGAUUGAGACCUCGAGUGAAGAUGUACUUACGACCGAAUCAUAAACCAGGAGUAGGUUCAAAGUGUGCAAAACAUAUUAACUACAGACGUGCCACUUCCUAUGCUGGGUGACGGGACAUGUCUGUAGUUGACAUGUCUUGCACGCAUUUCAUUGUUUUUUUUUUUUGCUAUGAAAGAUUAAGAGCUUGUGUGACGGUGUACUUGCGACUGAAUCGUAAACCAGGAGUGUGUUCAAACGACUCCAGUGCACUCCGAGCAAUCUUUUUAGCAAUCUGCACGACCAAACAGCCUUUUGUGAGAAGUGGAGCCAAUAAAAAAAUGCACAAACAAAUCAAGAACACGAAACAUAACUCGUACCGAUGUGACGUCAUCAUGCCAAGUUGGCCGUCAUGAGUCGGCUUGAUUAUGUGGAUUUAUAUGGGUAAAUACGGGCUCCACGUCACCAGCAGGCUAUAUGUUAGUUUAUGAGGUCUUCAGUGAGGUAGUAUAAUUAGAUUAAAGAGUGAACAGAACGAAAACGUAACAACCGUGUUUACGUGAACGCGACAGUAUAUAUAGAGUUCCGUCACCUAUCGGUUCGCACAGGAGAGCACGGCAUUUGGCGACGUAUUCGAAAACGGCUUUACAGCAGGACGCAUCGCGUCGAGUCGAGUUGACCUUCAGUUUCUCCACGACCGGAAGCGCUCGAACUCCAACAGCGCGUUGCGUUACGUUGGAACCACGCUUUCUUUACCCGCUGCGAGGUACCGCCACCGCACGUGCACUCAGCCAUAGAGUUUCCUAAAAUUGCCUAUAGAGGCAACUCUGGCGCUGCGAUCGUUCAUCGACCAUGGGACACAGAUUUGCCCAGUAAUCGUGCUUGCGGGCGGCGAAUUGCCCUUGUGGCUUCGUUGAAUGCUGUGUUGUGGUUUGUUUCGAAGGAAAGAACAGUCCCUUUUGAACUUUGCGACCCAGUUUGAAAUGGUAAGCCUAAAAGUACAAGGUCGUGAAGCGCAGCCGCUGAACAUUGGCUGAUUUUUGUUUCGUGAGAAAACAGCUCCAAGCCACACGAACACGCAUGGAGCCAGAAGUACGAAGAUUAGACGAAUCCGUGUACUACCCAUCAUUCCCAUGUUCGCUGAAGCGCCUUGCGUUGCAGCUCCCAUAGACACUAGCGCCCGAGUUUCCUCUAGUGUACAUUCAGGAAACUUUAUUCACUUAACUCGACACGACGUGCCAGGGUGAGGGACGAACGUGACGGGUUCGGUCAAUGCGACGUGCUUCUUCUGGCCGCGCUAGCAUACAUCCGGGUCGUGACGCCGUUGCAUUUAAGAUCCUGGGUGCUAACCGAACCUCUAUUUACCGGAGGGUUCGCGUCGUCACGUGAUGCGCAGCUAAGCAGCGCAUGCGCAUCCGCACACUGAGACAAACUGAGCGCCACCGCUCUCACACUUUUCUCUACGUGUAUGCAUAUACGUGAACUUGUCUCUAGUUUUCGGGGUUGAUUAUUUAUUUGGUUCUUUGCACGAGAAGAGACAAAUCUGUUCCUGCCUAAAAUCUGCGUUCCCAGCAGAUUUUGACGCGUUUGUCGUGGUGACGUCUGCGUCAUUGUGUGUCCGUUGUUUGUGUUCUAUUGCAAUUCCAAAGUUUGUGUGUUUGUUUUGUUACGGCAAUGCGCAGGCUGCAUGUUCGCAGGAGUUACACCUUUGUUUCGUAGCCGAGUGGUAGAACAUCCGCUUGCCACGCAAACGACCCGAGUUCUAUUCCCACUUGGACCCAAACAAAUUUCUUUCGCAAUUCGGUAUACGCGUCAAGAGUCGCGACUUGGCGUCCCACCUCUGUGUGUGUUUGUUUCGUUGUUUCGUGCGCGCCGUCGGCAGUCUUGUUUAGCGGCCUGUCCGUCUUCUCUGCGCACAACAGCGUGGUACCCCAUGUCACACCGGCAGUUGAAAGACAAAAUUAAAAAGUGAAAGCAUUACACUGAUGCCAAAA